UUUUCAUCAAUAUUCGCAUUGAUUUGUUUUAAUCAUUAGUAAUUUUUGUUCAAUCAUUCCUAUUUAUAACAGUAAUGUUUCGUAAGUUUUUAAAAAAUUUUGAUCAAAAUAUAUAAAAUCUUUAUUUUACAUAAAACGUAGGUAUUUAAUACAAAAUAAUAUCCUGUAUUUAUGAAUUAUGUAGCGAUAGUAUGAGCCUAGAACGAUUAGUAAAAGGGGCGAAUCAAAAAAACCAUUAGGCCAUUAGGCAUACUAUGGAUGCAACCCAAUGCUGCCAUGAAAAUGGAACAUCAAUUUCACAAGAAACUUAAAUAUCAAAAAUAACAGGACAUAGUUUUAUCAAAAGAGGAAAAAGAAGAGAAUUAUAUAAAUUAAUUUCUGAUAAUGUCAAUCAUUUGUUCUGAUUUAAAUUACAACUAAUAUAUCAGACUCAUAUGUAUCAUGCAAAAACUUAAGAUGCGCAAGAAUCAGUGCUUCUGCUACUGACUUUUACAACACAAUGCAAAUCUAGAUAGUGCCACAUACGUAAAAACCAAACUUUAACUAAUGCGAAAUGAAAUAUUAUAAAAUGAAAUUUUUCGGCGAUUUUAAAUAUAGUGUUCAUUUAUACAUUACAGAUUUUUAUUAAUAACUAUGACUAUAAAUAAUUAUUAAUAACUAAAUUUUAUUUGUGAGAAUGAACAUUAACAUAUAGUUUAUAGUAACGAGCCCCAUUCGUUCUAUUAUCCACAAUUUUAGGCGGUAAAUUUAAAUCGACAAUGAGUAAUGAUAUUUGUUUUUCAAAUAAAUACGAAAGGGUUUUUUAUUUUCUUAUAUGGACGGGUGGAGUUGCUUAUUCAAUUUAUAACGUUUAUUUAACGAAUAUCUAUUUUGUGGAUUAUUAUGAUUUAUAUUUUGAUUUUGUGCCUGGAUGGUCAUGGAUUGGGAAAAAACAAGAUGUUUCUGAUCAAGAGUGGAGAACAUGGAUUCCCUUAAUGAUUACUUUAAUGCCUUGGAUAUUUAUACAUCAUUUAGUUAGUCAAAUCGUUAAAAAUGUAUUCAACAAAGUGUUAUUAUGCUGCUGGUAUACCUUGGUAUCUAUCUCUUUUUUGUGCUAUUAUAUUGGACCAGUGGGCAUGUUCUGUAUAUUGGCACAAUCAUCUGUACUAUAUUUAUUAAAUUACAUUAAUAACAAGAAGAUUAUUUGGCUAAUACAUGUAUUAUUCCUAUUUAUAAUACAUAUUUUUAAAAUGCCAGAUGGUAUAUUUUAUCAAUGGUUACAAUACAAUGAUAAUGAGCAUUACCUUUUAAUGCUUGCAAUGUGCUGGAUUCAAUUGAGAUCUAUCAGUCAAAAUUUGGAUAAUUUUAAAAUUCAGUAUGAUAGAGAUUACACAUAUUUUUUCAAUGAUUAUCUUCAAACAUUGGCAUAUUGUUUAUAUUUACCCACACUAUUUUUGGGUCCAUUAAUCUUAUAUCACGAAUUUUUUAAUUCAUUGAAUAAAUCACCAUCGAGAUGGAGUUUCAUGAAAGUGCAGACAAUAAUUAUUAAUCUAAUUAGAUAUACUUUCUGGUUAUAUUUUACUGAAUUUUCACUGCACUUCAUUUAUGUUAAUGUGCUUCAAUAUCAUCCACAGAUUGUACAAAAUUUAAAUUCAUGGGCUCUAUAUGGUUUAGGAUAUUGUAUGGGACAAUUUUUUCUGAAUAAAUAUGUUAUUGUUUAUGGAACUAACAAAACUUUAUGUGAAGCAGAUGACAUAAAAGCUCCUUUGCCACCUAAAUGUAUUGGCAGAAUUCAUUUAUAUUCAGAUAUGUGGAAAUACUUUGAUAGGGGCUUAUAUAAAUUUCUUAUUAGGUACAUUUACAUACCUGUUGUGAAAUCAAAGGACUAUCAUAGAAAGUUGUUUGGUUCUUUUUUAUGUUUUACAUUUGUCUUUUUAUGGCAUGGAAUGCAAACAAAUAUUUUUACAUGGGCACUUUUGAAUUUUAUUGGUCUAAAUAUUGAGAACUUAUCAAGAAUAAUUGGAAAUACCAAAAGAUAUAAUCAAUUUCAAACAAAAUAUCUUAGUUCUUGGAAUAGAAGACGAUUUAACUGUGCAUUAUCAAGCAUUCUUUUGGCAAUGUCUGCAAUAUCAAAUUUUUUUUUCUUUGCUGGACAAGAAAUUGGAAACAUAUAUAUAAAUCGAAUAUUAAAAGAUUCAUGGAGUACUAUACUGCUUUUACUCUUUUUCCUUUAUUGUUGUUGUCAUGUUUCAAUAGACAUGAAAUUAAGAGGAAUGUAAUGAUGCCUUACUUUAUCAAUAAUAUGUAUCAAGGAAUAAAUACAUAUACAAUAUAUUUUUAGAUGAGAAUAAAUAAACAAUACAUACUAAAAGUAAUAUAGAUAAUUUUCAAAUCUAAGUACGUAUGUAAUUGUUUUUAAGAGUUUAUUGAAGAUAAAUAUAAAAGAAGUACAAAAAUAUAAUACAUAAUUAUUGUUAUAAUUCAAUGUUUUAACAUGUUUUUGUAAUUUAAUUAUUAAUCAUAAUAAAUAUGAAUAAAAAUUGACAUAUUAUUGUUUUAUUAUUAUUGCUGUAAUUAGUAAUUUAUAUUGCUUCUUCUUGUUUUCAUUCUAUUAUAUAUUUCUUCUAUUUCUGCUUUCCUGAAGCAUGUAAAACAUAAGGCACAUAUCUAUUUGUAUUUUAUAUAGACGAUUUCCUGUUAAUUUUUUAUUAUGUUAUUGAACAAUCAUACAAAUACAUACAAAUUCACUGUGUGCAUAAAAUCAGCAAAUAUUAUUUAUAUUUAAUGUAAUAAUUAAUUUAUAUUUAAUGUUUUGUUAUGUCUAUUAAAUUAUUACUAUUGCUUUAAGGAAUAACGAAAGUAAGACCAUAAAUUAUUAAAAAUAUCCAAUAUUCUAUAUUUCUAUAAUAAUGAUGCGAGAUUAAAUUCAGUAUAACACAAAUAUUAUA